AAAAUAAUUGUUCUGCUCAAAAUGUGGUCUAAUUAUUAAAAAAAUUCAAUUUAGUGGUCCACUUCAAAACUAGAAUUGAUCUAAGUGGUUUUUGAUGAAAAUAAAAUGCCUGGUACACUUCAUCAAACAUAUGCGGAUAAAGUGAACCACUUUUUAGAACAAAAAAAAAGUAUAAGGAACUUAAAAAAAAAAAUCAUGAAUAGGCGUAUUUAGUUGUAUUCAUACGUAUAGAUUAAAUAUUUCAAGUUUCAAUCGUUUUCUUCGGAAUCUUAAGAAAUUUACCAAAAACUGGUCCACUUCACCCCGUCCUACCUACAGUAUUCACUAUACGAUAUAUAGUUAGUAUUAACCAUAACACGUUACUUCCCAUAUACACGUGUAUAUGGGACAUUUGUAUAUAUGUAAGACAUAUGCGUGUACAUUAAUCGUAAAAAUAUGUUUAGACUAUAGAGGUGGCAAGACCGGUCGUGCGAAUAAAAUUUUUUUUUCCAUUAUUGGUGAAGCAUCACCAACAAAGUUUUUUAGCUUUAACAAGAGUAUUUCUUUUUUACAUUAUUAUGAUAAAAUAUUGUACUGUAGUUAAAUGUUAUAAUUUGGAGAGAUGCCCAGAAACGCCAGUUGAGCAGGAGCUCCGGCGGCGAGUUCAUCUCCGAUUACUAUUCGACAUAAUAAUAUUGAACCAUCUCCACGGAUAUUCAACAUGUUUAACACGAAGUUGCAAUUCGUUGGAUUUGCGAUAUAAUGAGAUGUGGAACGAUUGGGACGGCAUGGAUGAACACCAAACGCCGAAAGAGUCCGUACACGGACACUUGGUGUUGUCUUGGAAAAACAUUAAUGUACAAGUGAAACAAACUACCCAAAAGUUUUUCCAGCGAUCGAAAACCUCGUACAAGCAAAUAUUACAUAACGUUAGUGGAAAUAUACACAGUGGACAUCUUUUAGGAAUAAUGGGUCCAAGUGGUUCUGGAAAAACUACAUUGAUGGCCACCAUAAGUCACCGAAGUAAAGGAAAUUUUGAAGGAGAAUUAUUGCUUAACGGACAACCAAUAUCUGAAGAAGUCAUGAUUAAGAUAUCUGGUUUUGUUCCUCAACACGAUAUCAAUUUUGAUCAGUUGACAGCAUUAGAACACUUGUCUCUGAUGGCCAAUUUGAAAGUUUCUCGCAAAACGACCAAAAUAGAAUUGAAAGAACACAUCGAUAAAAUAAUUACCACGUUGGGUAUGAGUAAGUUCUUGGAUACGAGAAUAUCGUUUUUGUCUGGAGGAGAACGGAAAAAAAUUGCUCUCGCAGUUCAACUAUUAAACGACCCGCCAAUAUUGUUUUGCGAUGAAAUAACAACAGGUCUGGACUGUUACUCAGCCGCGCACAUUGUGAACACUUUAAAAGGUGUAGCACGAAUGGGUAAAAUUGUGAUAUGCACCAUUCAUCAACCAGCGUCUGGUGUGUUCGGAAAAUUCGAUGAAGUAAUAUUGCUAUCAAAUGGACGGUUAGCAUAUCAAGGUCCUGUCACCAUGGUUCAUCAGUUAUUUAAAAAGUUCAAUUAUGAGUGCCCAGAUAUGUUCAAUGAAGCUGACUUUGUGAUUUCUAUUCUUAAUUCUGAAAAUGAAAAAGUGAAAGAAAAUGUAACAGAAAUGUGUAAGUUAACUUCAACGGACCAAAAAACGAAUCUAAACUAUGAUUUAUUUAAUAAUCAGACUCAAUUUGAUACGCAACAUUUAGAAGCGUUAGAAACACUAAAACCAACAUGGCUUACACAGUUCAGUUUGAUUUUGAAUAGAUCCAUCAAAUGCUUUGUGAGAAAUUAUAAGAAUAAUCUAAUGGAACUGGGAACAAUUUGGUUUUUAGGUAUCAUUAUUUCUACUCCAUAUACGAAUCUGCAGCUCGAUACCAAAGCAGUACAAAAUUGGGAAGGUUUUUGGUUAUUAUUGGUCAUUACCUAUGUGUUCCACUUCGAAUAUUAUGCUAUCGGAACAUACGAAGUAAAAUUUUCAAUUGUCCACCGAGAAGUUCACAAUAAAUUAUAUCCAUUGAGUGCAUAUUACAUCUCUGAAUUUAUGAUAGUGGCUCUGUGGAUCAUGGUAAAAAUUCUAUUUUUCUGUUUACCUGCGUUUUGGAUUGUUGGUGCUGAUUGGGGUAUCUUGCAAUUAUUGGUGUUUUAUUUAUUAGCAUUUACAGCCUUUUCAUAUGGAAGUUUUUUGUCAGCCUAUUUUGUUCGUCUAGAAAACGCUACGAUAUUUGCAACAAUAUACGAUUACCUGUCAUUACCCCUCUGUGGUGCUUAUCUAUCAUUUAUGUCUUUACCAAAAGCGAUGUAUUCUCUAAGAUACUUUUCGCUAUUCUUCCUUGGUUGUGAAACAGUUUCAGUUUUAUUUUGGGACAAAAUUAAUGUUUUACCGUGUGUUGAUGUUACUAAUUGUUUGGAUAGUGGGAAAGCAGUGUUAAGAAAGUAUGGCUUUAAAAGUACUGAAUUAUAUUCAGACAUGGUGAUAUUACUUAUAUUUAGCUUAUUAGCAAAUAUAUUUGGUUACUUAAGUGCUCUUAAAAAAAUGAAAAAACAACCAGCCUAUUAAAAUGUAAAUGUUUUCAUAAAUAUAACGAAUAUAAUUAUAAAUAUAUAAAUUUAAUUACAUAGUAAUAUCAAACAAAAUAUACAAUUAUUAAACAUUUUUGAGAAUUAUUAUACUUUUAUCAUCUAAAUAAUUUGUAAUUAUAUAUAUCCGAUAUUACUCUAAUGUAGUUAAUAAAUGGAACCAUGCUUAAUUUUGGUAAAAACGUUAUGUAGAUUAUAUAGUUUAUUAGAAAUUAUUUUAUCGAGCGCGGAAAGAAGAUAAAAUUUGUCUAUCGGUUUUAUGAUUCCAACAUUUAACUGAAAUAACUCAAAUGUAUAAAUUAGAUGCCUAUAAUAGACAAAAGUAUAAUUUAAUAAUGUUAAGUAGUAUAUGCGAACUAUACUUAUAUAUCAUUGUUAUCACUUAUCUAUCAAUAAUCAUUUACAUUGUGUUUAAUAAAUAAAGAUCAUCGUAUUAUGAUCAAGUCAAAUUUAUUGUAAAUUUUAAAGUUUAAUGUUUUUUUCCAAUUAUUUAGGAAAUUGUGCACGGGAAGUAUCGUGCAUCAAUGUGUCUUUAUUUUUCUGCAGAAUAACAAAUAAUUACAUAUUAGACAUUAGCUCUAUAAUAGAUAAUAGUUAUUGUUUACGUACGAAAAAUAUUUAAAAUUAGAUAGUUAGAAAAGUUCUUCAAUCGGUCGUUUAGGUGGUCAAUGCAUCUUGUAAUCAAUUGGUUUCUCAUUAGUAAUUAAUUUUAUAACCAAGUUUGUCGUAUUCCAUCUAUGGUGGAUUAAUUAUAUAAU